AUGGCAAACAGUGAGACUCACCGUUCACAUUCUUGCUUCCUAGAAUGGAUGAGCAUUCAAAAGCAAGACCUCGCUGAGCUCCUUGAAGCCCUCCAUUCAAACUACAUUAACGACAACAAGAAUUCUGAGAAGGUUUACACUCAACUAACCCAAAAGAGCCUCGGUCAUUUCCAAGAAUACAUGGUUAAACGUUCACAUAUGUACCAUGAAUAUCCUUCAGCCUUCUUUGCACCUCCAUGGUGCACCUCUCUGGAGCAUUCUACUAUGUGGAUAGCCGGCUGUCGACCGUCCUCGUUUAUCCGGCUUCUGUAUGGGCUUGGUGGGUUAGAGAUCGAGGCUUUACUUUCUGAAUUGAUGGAGGACAGCGCCAGCAGGGUGAGUUUAAGUAGACUUUCAGCCAACCAACUCACAAUGGUGAAUAAUUUACAUUUGAAAACUAUUAAAGAAGAGGAUAAAAUGAUGAAGAAGUUGGCCACUUUGCAAGAAGACAUAGCGGAUCAACCCAUCUCUUUGAUUGCGAACUAACUGAGCCGAGUUGAAGAACUAAACGAGGAAGUGGAACGGGCACUCGAUGAACACGAGUCAGCAAUGGCAAAUAUAAUUCAGGAGGCUGAUAAUCUGAGGUUAAACACGCUUAAGGAGCUGCUUAAUAUAUUGACGCCGGAGCAAGCCGUGGAUUUUCUUGCUUCAGGUAAGAAGCUUCACUCAUGCAUCCAUGACUGGGGCAAAAGAAGGGAUCGUAAGCAUGGUCGCACCAGCAACUAAUCAACCUUGCAUAUGUUUAGAG